GAUAAGAAUUUUGACAUAACCUCUCAUGCUAGUUUUUGCUAGAAAAAUUAACAGAAAAUUGUACGUUUCGUGGCACAAAUGGCAUCUAUAACAGCGUAUUCAGUGGGCCGACUGGCAAAAUACGUGACAGAGUCGACAUUCCGGAAUAUACGCUCGAAUGCGUACAGAAGUACCACCCGCGGGUACAGCACAGAAGAGAAGGCUAAAGAAGAGAGCAGUGAAAAACCUCCAAGCACCAUAGAAGAGUGUCACAAGCAGCUCGAAGCUCUCACCGGAGAGCUCAACACUAUUAAGGCACAGGCUAAAGAUUAUGAGGACAAAUACAAGCGUGCCUUAGCUGAAGGCGAGAACGUUCGACGGCGUAUGGUCAAGCAAGUUGAAGAUGCCAAGUCCUUCGCUAUACAGAGCUUCUGCAAGGACUUGCUUGAUGUAGCAGACACUCUAUCAGUGGCGGCCGAGAGCGUCCCAGAGAGCGCACUGGGCGAAGGCGGGGCCGAAGGCGCGGCGGCCGCGCUACGCUCGCUGCACGACGGCGUGCGGCUCACGAGGGCCAUGCUCACACAGGUGUUCACCAGACACGGACUGGUGGUUGUUUCACCACUGCGAGAGAAGUUCGACCCCAACCUCCAUGAGGCCCUAUUCCAACAGGAGGUGGAAGGGGCAGAACCAGGCACAGUAGUGGCCGUCUCCAAAGUUGGAUAUAAACUGCACGAGCGCUGUGUUCGUCCGGCCCUCGUCGGCGUUGCUAAGGGAUCUUCCUAGUGUACCGAGUAAUGAUGACAUCUUACACGAAAUAUCAGGGUCGUACACAGACUAAAAUUUUGAAUUUGUCUUUUCUGUUCUCAAAAUCUAAAAAUUCUUCUACAAAUACCAAACAUACCAUCUUUAUCACACUACAAUUACAAUAACAUUAGUCA